GACCAGAGAUUAACGGGAAUCAAGUCGACACUGUAAGCACUGAAAAGAAUAACGUAUUGAGCAUAACAGUGCGUUAACAUCAUGUGUUAAUAGCAGAAAAGCUACGCUAUGCUCGAAGAAAAACGAAAGAAAAGUGAAAAUGCUUUUGCAAUUUGAUUGAAAAACAGUUGCACGAGAGCAGCGCGCGCGCGGGCAUACAAUUCGUUGGCAGCAGCGUGGCGUACAAAUUAUGCUAAAAAGCAUCAACGCCGCCUUAAAAUAUGCAGAAAACCACUACAACAAUGCCAACGCCAGCAGCGGGAACAGCAGAAGCAGCAGCAGCAGCAGAUAGCGGCGUCGCUUCAACGUCAACGUUAAUAAUGGCGGCGUCAGCUGCAGCUUCCUUAGCCCAUUCCAGCAACAAGGGCAGCGAACGUGGCGACUUCUCCGGUGAUUCCAGCGGUCCAGCGCAACAACAACAACCACAAAAUAAGAAAGAUGGAGAAACUGAGGAGGAAACAACGAUUAGCUCGAAGCAGCCGGAGCAACCCAUGGCCAUACACUAUAUGGCCAGUUUCCAUGAGAUCUGUGUGGUAACGGCAUUACUGCCUUUGGUAACACUCUUCACAUGCUUUGUGACCGCCUACGUCUUCCAAUACGACGAUGUACACGAGACACAUUGCCGGGUCUAUAAUAUUGUACCCUCGAUAAGUGCAAUUACUGGCGUUAGUCCACAGCGUUAUUUCUGGCGUUUUAGCAUUGCGCUGCACAUUGGACCGCGUAUACCUAUUGCCUUUGUCUACAAGAACUAUUAUCGCUCCCAAUUGGCGCGUUUAGCUCCAUCGCUGGUGCCAAAGACCAGCUGGUUGAUAACACUCAUCCUGGUGCUCAACUGCAUCGAAGUUGCGGCACUUGGCGGUGUCACCUAUAUAUCGAAUCGCGAGAAUUAUCCUGUUCAUGAGCGGAUCUUCAUCACGUUUAUGAUAUGCUCGCUGUGCUAUAUGCUGGCUACAAUUAAGCUGAAUAGCAUCUUGAAUGCUCGCCAGACGCUCACUGUUCAGCAGCGUCAAUCCAUCAAAUGGAAGAAAAUACUCUUUGUUGCCUCCAUACUGAGCACCAUUGGGUUAUUGGUCUUCUUUGCCAAGCAUCGUUUCUACUGUCAUGAUUUGGCUUUCAGUUGGUUUGCAUUCUUUGAAUAUUUGAUCGCCAUUUCCAAUAUGUUGUUCCAUUUUACCAUUAUCUGGGACUUUCCAUCGCAGUUCAUGUUGAUUGUGCAGGGACCUCCCGAAACUCUCAAGAAGUAUUUGGCCGCCAAACCGAAACUGAACUAGGCUGCAUAAACACUCCUUAACUCCUUUUUCCAACUUCCCAAUUUCGAUACGAAAACUACAAUUUAUUUGUUACUCCGUUUUUAUUGUAUUUUAUAUAUACACUCACUCACACUGAGACCUACAGAAACAUCUUUAUAGAAAUUGUAAUACACCACUCUAUAUAAAUAGAACUCGGAAAGAAACGUACAAUUACUGAACUUCUUGAGAAAAAAUUUCAAACUAGCGCUUCCAUAACCUAACAAAAGUUAAUGAAAAACGAUAAAUUGAAAAAAGAUUUUACAUUGUUCUCGCCAGUUGCAGUUUGUCAAUGAAAUAGAAUUUCAGAUUAUAAUCGAUUUAUACGGCAUUAUGUUAACUAUACAUAUAUGUAUGAACACACCAUCCAAAAGUUCUAUAGAUUUCAUAAAGGAAUCGGAAGAAAACGUUGAAUUAAUAAACAAUAUCUAGUAAAUAAAUGUCAGAAAAGGCCAGUUACGUAAAACUUCAUUAAUUUCAAGGCAAUCCUCCCUAACCUUUGCAUACCAUUCAUAACCAUGUAUGGGAAAGUUAUAUAGUUAUACCUAUAGACAAAUUGGAUAAAGUUAUUUCAGACUUUUGAUAUGGUUUCUCUCUAUAAGGAUAACUUUUUUGGUCUACGAAGAACUCAUAUUUCAUCCGAAUUUGGAUAUAUAAUAUAGUGUGUGGAGUACAAUGCACAACAGAUUAUUGUAACUAAGUCCAAUUUGCAUUACUAUAUCUUUUUUUUUUUAAAGAAAUUAAAGCUUAUUUCGAAUAAAUUAAAAAAUUUCAUAAAAGUCUACUCGAAUUCCAACAGAUUUUCCCAGUUGUAAAUAGAUAUAGCUAUAUAUCCAUAAAAUAAAGGCUUCAUCUAAAUUAGUAACUCUGUCAUAAUUCGCAACAUAUUUUGCCGUUGCUGUUCUUGGAUGAUCUCAUGUCAAUUGUCAUAGGAGCGUAAUUGUUUCACUUGUUAAGCCUAGGGAUAAAACACACACAUACAAACAAAAUUUUGAACUACUGUAUAUAGUUAUAUAUGCAGUAUUACAACGGAUAUGUAUUACAUAUGGGAUAUAUUAACAUUUUAGCAGUACAUAUCGUUUUUACAAAGAAUGUGCAUUGGAAAUAAAAAACGAAACGAAAAA